CGAGCCUUCAAACGUAGACGUGUCUCGUUCUCAAAACGCGUGUGUUCUUUUAAAAACUAUUUCUUAAAUACUCCAACUAAGGACACCUUCCACACUUAUAAAUAUAAUUCUCGAUUUUUUACGUGUUUUGUGGAACAAUUACAAAAAAUAUAUAAAAUCAUGAAAUCCAUCGUAUUUGCUGCCCUUUGCUGUAUGACUGUUGUAUCGGCUCAACGUGGUAUUCCACCACCACGUGGAAAUUCUUUCGAUGCCAAUGCUGUGAUACUCAAACAGGAUUUCAAUUUGAAUCCAGAUGGUUCAUACAACUACAAUUAUGAAACCAGCAAUGGAAUACGUGCCGAUGAAGCUGGUUAUCUCAAAAAUGCGGGCAAUCCUCAAUUAGAAGCUCAGGUAAUGCAAGGCUCGUACUCGUACACCGGACCCGAUGGUGUUGUUUACACCAUCACCUAUAUUGCUGAUGAAAAUGGUUUCCGCGCUGAAGGUGCUCACAUUCCAACUCCACCCCCUGUAGCUGCUCCCGGUGGACCUAGAGGCAGAUUCUUCAAAUAAAUACGUUAAAUAUUAAUGUAUUUGUGAAACAUCAUUAACAAAUUAUUAAACAAAAAAACAGUGUACUUCCAAGCAAAAAAAAGAGAUUAAUUAACACACAUUAAAUGGCAAAUAGUUGGCAACUAUUACAACAUAAAUCCAUGUGGCAACGCAAAUAAUAAAACACAUACAUACCAAGCACACCGACACAAGAAACAAAUUCCAAAUACAACUAAACACACACACACCCAUAUAUAUAUGUAUACAGCAACACAUUUACUCUAAUAUAUAUCACCGAUUUGUAUUAUUCCAUAAAUUUGUAAAGUUAUUAAUAAUUAAGCCCUUAUUUCCGGGUGUUACCAUGAUUUUCUAAUUCUUAUUUUACACAAACUGCACUAGGUUUCCUUCCCACUCUCUCUCUCUCUUUCUCUUAUCCCUUUUAUCCUUUCCAUGACAGUAAUCCCUUUGUUGUAUUUAUAUUUAUAAUUUCUAUCACACUAUCUCUCUCUCUCUUCAAUGUUUAUUGUGAUCGUAAUUAUUUCUCUAUUCACUUGUUUAUGCCUUUUUACGUAUGUUUUAUUAUUUUAUUUAAGAGAAGCUAAAUAAAUUUAACAAUUUAUUAUCAAUUUUUUUAUGUAUAAAUAUUUCAUUUUCUAUUUUAGUUAAUAAAAAAAACUCAAUUUUUAUGUAAUUUGUUAAAGAAUUUAAAAAGAAAAGUAUUGUUUAAAUUAUUUGUAUAAACAAAGAAAACCAGCAAAUAUUGAAAUAAGAUUUAAUAAGAAAUUUGUUUUACUAAGUAUGGCAACUACGCAACAAAUAAAUUGCGCAAAAAAACUUACAAAAAAA